CCCGCAGCCAUGUGCCGGACCCUGUCCGCCUUCCCCACCAACUGCCUGGAGAGAGCCAAAGAGUUCAAGACACGGCUGGGGAUCUUUCUUCACAAGUCAGAACUGGGCUCCGGUACUGGGAGUGUUGGCAAGUUCGAGUGGGACAGUAAACACAGCAAAGAGGGCAGAAACUUCUCAGAAGACGUGCUGGGGUGGAGAGAGUCAUUUGACUUGCUGCUGAGCAGUAAAAAUGGAGUGGCCGCCUUCCACGCCUUCCUGAAGACAGAGUUCAGCGAGGAGAACCUGGAGUUCUGGCUGGCCUGUGAGGAGUUCAGGAAGCUCCGGUCAGCUACCAAGCUGGCCUCCCGGGCUCACAGGAUCUUUGAGGAAUUCAUCUGCAGUGAAGCCCCCAAAGAGGUGAACAUAGACCACGAGACCAGGGAGCUGACCAGGACGAACCUGCAGACGCCUACGGCCAUGUGCUUCGAUGUGGCUCAGGGGAAGACGCGCACCCUGAUGGAGAAAGACUCGUACCCGCGCUUCCUGAAGUCCCCAGCUUAUCGGGACCUAGCUGCCCAAGCCGCAGCCGCCUCCGCCUCUGCCUCCCCAUCCGAGCGCUCGCAUACCUGAGCCUCCGGGCUGGGAGGGGGCCAGCCGGGCAGAGAGAUUG